GCCGCCCCUCGCCCCGCCGGGCCGCGGAGCUGCGAUGCCCUCGGACUUCAUCUCUCUGCUCAGCGCCGACCUCGACCUCGAGUCCCCCAAGUCGCUGUACUCCAAGGAAUCUGUCUAUGACCUUCUCCCAAAGGAGCUGCAGUUACCACCUUCCAGAGAAACAUCUGUAGCAUCCAUGAGCCAAACAAGCGGUGGCGAGGCAGGUUCGCCUCCUCCAGCUGUAGUCGCUGCUGAUGCUUCUUCAGCUCCUUCCUCUUCCUCCAUGGGCGGUGCUUGCAGCUCCUUUACCACCUCUUCCAGUCCUACCAUUUACUCUACCUCAGUCACCGACAGCAAGGCUAUGCAAGUGGAGAGCUGCUCCUCAGCCGUGGGGGUAAGUAACCGAGGGGUAAGUGAAAAGCAGUUAACCAGUAACACAGUCCAGCAGCAGCAGUCAACGCCGAAGAGACACACAGUCCUGUACAUCUCGCCACCACCUGAGGACUUGCUGGACAACAGUCGGAUGUCCUGCCAGGAUGAGGGGUGUGGAUUGGAAUCAGAACAGAGCUGCAGUAUGUGGAUGGAGGAUUCACCCUCCAACUUCAGUAACAUGAGUACCAGUUCCUACAAUGAUAACACUGAGGUGCCACGUAAAUCACGCAAACGAAACCCAAAGCAGAGGCCAGGGAUCAAACGUCGAGAUUGUGAAGAGUCCAACAUGGAUAUAUUUGAUGCCGACAGUGCCAAAGCGCCUCACUAUGUCCUUUCUCAGCUCAGCACGGACAGCAAAGGCAACUCAAAAGCAGGAAAUGGAGCACCAGAGAGCCAGAAAGGAGCUGGAGGGAAGAAGACCCCAAUGUUGUGUGGUCAGUAUCCAACUAAAAGUGAGGGGAAGGAGCUGAAGAUAGUGGUACAGCCGGAAACCCAGCACAGGGCUCGUUAUCUGACUGAAGGCAGCCGAGGCUCAGUGAAAGACCGGACACAGCAAGGUUUUCCAACUGUAAAGCUGGAAGGUCACAACGAGCCGGUGGUGCUGCAGGUAUUCGUGGGCAAUGACUCUGGCCGAGUGAAACCACACGGGUUCUACCAGGCCUGCAGAGUUACUGGGCGAAACACUACUCCCUGUAAAGAAGUGGAUAUCGAGGGGACUACUGUUAUUGAGGUUGGACUGGACCCUAGCAACAAUAUGACACUUGCGGUUGAUUGCGUGGGAAUACUGAAGCUGAGAAAUGCUGAUGUUGAAGCUAGGAUAGGGAUUGCUGGUUCCAAGAAAAAAAGCACACGUGCCAGGCUGGUAUUUCGUGUCAACAUCACUCGCAAAGAUGGUUCAACUUUGACUCUUCAGACGCCUUCUUCCCCAAUUCUCUGCACUCAACCAGCGGGAGUUCCAGAGAUCCUAAAGAAAAGUCUGCACAGCUGUUCAGUGAAGGGUGAAGAGGAAGUUUUUCUGAUUGGCAAGAACUUUCUAAAAGGAACAAAAGUGAUUUUCCAGGAGAACGUUUCUGAUGAAAAUUCUUGGAAGGCAGAAGCUGAAAUAGACAUGGAAUUAUUUCAUCAGAAUCACCUUAUUGUGAAGGUGCCACCAUAUCACGACCAGCAAAUAACCUCAGCUGUUUCUGUGGGAAUCUAUGUGGUGACCAAUGCUGGCCGAUCACACGAUGUGCAGCCAUUUACAUACACUCCAGAUACAUCAGCUGGUACCCUGAACGUUAAAGUGAAGAAGGAAAUCUCCAGCCCAGCCCAACAUUGUUCUUUUGAAGAGGCUAUAAAAGCAGUGAAUGCCACCGCUUGUAACCCGGAGAACGUAAAUAUUCUUCCUAGUGCCUUGAUAACUCCACUUAUACCAAGCAGUAUGAUUAAGAAUGAAGAUGUGGCUCCAAUGGAAGUAAGCGCAGAAAAAAGAUCUCCCCCUGUCUUCAAGGCUUCGAAGGUGGUCGGACCAACUCAACAAACAUUGGAAAGCAGCAUGUCUGGCAUACCAACUUCUGCUUCCCAUUUACCUUCUGAAAGUGAAAAGCAGCAACAAAUACAGCCGAAGGUGUAUAAUCCAGAGACUCUAACUACAAUCCAAACACAGGACAUUUCCCAGCCUGGUAGCUUUUCAGCAGUCUCUACUCCAGCUCAGCUGCAGAACAGUGACACAUUAUUGCAGCAAGCUGCACAGUUCCAAACGAGAGAUUCCCAAACCAGAGAAGUUUUGCAAUCAGAUGGCACGGUAGUCACUUUGUCACAAUUAACUGAUGGAUCACAGACACAACAGUCUACACUAUCAGAACCAGCACAGGCAUUACAGCAACAGAUUUCAUCAAGUAUUUUCUCAUCAGCAAGCGGUGUGAGUCAGUUACAGAACACAAUACAGCAACUGCAAGCUGGAAAUUUUCCAACUAACACUGCCACAGGCAGCAGUAGAAAUGUUGACUUGGUGCAGCAGGUACUGGAAGCUCAACAGCAGUUAUCUUCUGUUUUAUUUUCUGGGUCAGAGAGCAGUGAGGAUGUUCAAGAUCAGCUAAAUGCAGAUAUCUUUCAGCAAGUUAGUCAGAUACAAAAUAGUGUAAAUCCUGGGAUAUUUUCCUCAUCAGAGACGGCUGUCCAUUCCAGACCGGAGAACCUUUUGCCUGGAAGAGGUGAAAAUGUUCAUUCACAGCCUGAAAAUGCGUUGUCCAAUCAGCAGCAGCAGCAACAGCAGCAGCAGCAGGCAAUGGAGACUUCCGCAGCAAUGGUGAUAGGAAUCCAACAAAACAUUUGCCAGGCUGCCACGCAGAUGCAGUCUGAUUUGUUCUCUUCAACAACUUCAGGGAACGGAGCCCUCCAACAGUCACCUGUUUACCAGCAGGCUUCACAUAUAAUGAGUGGGUUGUCAACAAGCGAAGACAUGCAAAUGCAGUGUGAAUUAUUCUCUUCAUCUCCUGGUGUUUCUGGAAGUGAGACUACUCCGACUGCUCAGCAGCAGGUCUCUAACAAUGGGCCUAAUAUGUUUCAGGCAUCAAGUUCUGCAGAUGGAGAGGAAGCUUCAGGACAGAGUAAACAGAUGCAAAAUCCUGUAUUUCAGACCAUGGUUCAAAUGCAGCACAGUGGAGAAAGUCAACCUCAAGUUAAUCUCUUUUCAUCUACAAAAAACAUGAUGUCUGUUCAGGCAAGUGGAGCUCAACAACAAGGGGGUGGUCUGUUCCAGCAGGGCGGAGAAAUCAUGUCUAUUCAGUCAGCAAACUUUAUGCAGCAGUCUGCACACUCACAAGCUCAGCUUUUUCAUUCUCAGAAUCCUAUUGGUGAUACUCAGAAUAUACCACAGGAAACACAAGGCUCCAUUUUUCACAGUCCAAAUUCCAUUGUCCACAACCAGACUAGUACUAAUUCCUCUGACCAAUUGCAGCCUCCAAUGUUCCACUCACAGAGCACCAUGGGCGUAUUACAGAGCUCUUCAGUUCCUCAAGACCAGCAGUCUGCCAACAUGUUCCUUUCCCAGAGUUCAAUAAGCAACCCACCAUCUCAAGAAGAACAGAUGUCGUUCUUUACAAGCCCGAAUUCCAUUUCUCCUCUUCAGGCAGCAACAAACACUGAGCAACCAACUUCCUUCCAACAGCAGACACAGAUAGCUCAUAUCCAGAGUUCUAUGCUUCCCCAAGAACAGCCGCAGACUCAGCCUGCUCAGCAAGGUUUGUUUCAGCCUCAAGUGUCAAUGGGCUCCAUCCAAUCCAGUUCAAUUCCCCAGAACCAACAAGGAGCUAUCUUCCAGCCUCAGCAUUCAAUAGUUGCUAUUCAGAGUAGUCCUCCAUCUCAAGAGCAGCCGCAGCAGCAGCAGCAGAACAUGAUGUUCAGUAAUCAAAGUGCAAUGAGUACAAUUGCUUCUCAAAAACAAAACAUGAUUUUCAACCCGAACCAAAACCCAGUUACUAAUCAGGAGCAACAAGGCCAAUCCAUUUUUCAUCCACAGACGAACAUGGCACCGAUGAACCAGGAGCAGCAGCCCAUGCAAUUCCAGAGUCAAACUACAGUGUCUUCUCUACAGAAUCCUGGAUCCAACCAGGCCGAAGCACAGCAGCCAGCCAUCUUCCAUAACUCACCCCAAAUUCAGUUGGUCCAAGGGUCACCAAGUUCUCAAGAGCAACAGGUCACCCUCUUUAUCUCUUCAGCUUCCAUGUCUGCCUUGCAGAACAGUAUGAGCCAGCAAGAGCUACAGCAGACUCCAAUGUUCUCUUCCCAAAACAGCAUGGCAGGAAUGCAAGGAACUGCUUCUCCUCCACAGCAGCAAGCUUCUUUAUUUCACAACACAGCAGGAGGUGCUAUCAACCAGCUGCAGAAUUCUCCUGCUUCAUCUCAGCAAACUUCAGGAAUAUUCCUGUUUGGCAUUCAGAACAACUGUGGCCAGCUGCUACCUUCUGGACCAGCUGCACUGCCAGAUGAGUUGAUGGCUAUAAGUCAGCCAGGUCAGCCACAGGGCGAGGGACAAGCAGCAGUGCCAACGCUUCUCUCCCAGCAGCUACCUGAGACUUCUCCUCUACCUUCAGCUAUGGCACCCAAUCAGAAUAUUGAGAAAAUAGAUGAUCUGCUUGUGUCAUUGCAAAACCAGGGGAACAACAUGGCUGGCUCGUUUUAGUUAGGCAAAAAUUCAGUGAAGAAAGAGGUGAGGACUUCAUAGAUCCUUUCAGACCUUGUGACUCUGGAUUAGGCAGCGUGGAACCGAUUGCUCCUGUCAAAAAGUGGCCCUCUUCUCUAAAGAGCACAUAUGUGGCCAGUUGCAGUGUCUAGCACCUAAGGCUGUGAUUGUAGUAUUUGAGAUUCAAGAUUCAUAGUGCCAAUAAUGCUGAAAAGCUAUGCUUUGUUUUACUCGGGCAUGGGAUCGUACUGUUACCUGACUCCUAAUGCCCACUAAGAGUGGGAUGCUCUUUGAAUUUGAAGCAUAUCUGGUCAGUUAUUAUUGUUGUUAGAAGGUAAUACAUGUUACCAUGUUUACUUUUUUCCUCCUCUUCCUUCUUCACAUCCCCUCUUUUGAUUAGAAAAGCUAGUGAAGCAGAAACGUCAAAUACCCGUGACAUGAGCCAUGACUCAUAGCUAUCAGUAAGUGAAGGGAUUGCAUGUUUUACAGUUAAGUGGGAGAGCUAAUACUGUGAUUUAUUAAUUGCAGUAGGUGGCAAUGAAAAUAUUGAUACUUAUAAUAAACAAGCAGAGAAUUGCUUGCUACUGUAGAUAGCCGGACAGAGGUGGGUGCUUCCCAUCUGAGAAUGUGAUUAACGGUUUUCUGUGUCUCUUACAUGUACCUGUACAUAGAGAAAGGGUUUGGUGGCUCUAACAAAAUGAAGAAAUGAAGGGGAACUUUUAAUUAAAUUAUACUCUAAAAAUCUUAUCCUCUUAAAUACUUUCCACUUGAAAGGAACAUUCUGCCUGGCUAAGGAAGCAGCUCCUUUUGUGUCUCGUGCUCUGACCGUAUGGGUCAGAUCUCGUUAAAGCUGCAUUAUCCAUUUUCAAACCAGUCUUCUCCCUUUUGUUCUUCCCAUGUUUUUCCUUCUCUCUUCCUCAGUUUCACAUUGUGUUUUUUAAAAAUAUUAGAUAUCUACUGGCUUUAAAGAUCAGAAGCAGCUUUUAGGAAUCCAUGGCACCUACUCUUGUGGUAUUAAAUUGCUUAGUCAGUAGAAGCUCUGAGAAAUAAGGAUUAAGGAAAGAGGAAACAAUUUUUCCACUUCCCUCCAAAUGCAAGAAACCCCCUUAACCAGUCAUUUUCCAGCUGUUGCUGUUGUAAAUCUCCAGUUUGACUUUACUCCAAGUAGGGGGCAAAUUAAAUCAUUUUUACGCUUUCUUGAAAAUUUCACGUCAUCCUGAGCUGUUGCGUUUUUGGAGCAUAUUGAGCUCAUUGCAGACUCGAAGUGUUUUUUUUCCUACUGACAGUCCCCCAAGUAUAGCUUCUAGAUUGUCAUGUUUCAGUGGAAAAAAACGACUUGUUACAGAAUGUAAAGACAACCCACUCCAAACCAUGCAGUUGUGUUGUGAGGCAUGUGAAUUUCUUGGGUGCUCCAACUGUCCAGAAGGUUUUGUGAUAUCUCACUACAGCCUCGUCCCGAUACUUGUUCCUUCUCCUUCUGCACGUAGAAAGCUGUUAGCGCAGCUAGAGCCGAACAGCUGUCAUGUAUGGCUAUUAUGCCUCGGUAUAGUGUAGCUGGUAUCAUGUCAUUUUUCAUUUUUGUUAUUUUAAAUAACAAAGAGUAGUCUGUAAAUGGUUUUUAAGUAACUCUAGUCUGUUUACUGUGUUUUUUCCCUGACUCGUGUGCUUAGUUGAGCCGUGUAGAGUUUUUGUUUGUUUUAAUGUUGUUUCCUGUGUGUCAGUCUGUCAUAACUUUCUUUUCUCUUUCUGUCUCUCUCUUUCUCUCUCUCAUUGAGAGGCAUUGAAUUACGUUUUCAGUAGUAAGGCUUCUUGCCGAUAUGAAGGGAACUUUUCAGAAAGAGACCUGCUCUGGGUCAUUUAAUUUUGAAUACAGUUUUCAAUCGUUCAAGUUUUGGAUGGUUUAUAUCUAAUGUGUGUUUCAUUUUUUUGGAAAGCUAUAUUUUGUAUUUAGGAAAUGGUAUACUAUUUUGCUAUUUGUACUGAGUGAGUACAUUGGCAUAAAUAUAAAAAUUUAUAUAUAUACAUAUAUAUAAAAUAUUCUUUUUGCCACACAUUUUUGUGGUAAAUUUGUGAGUUUGUCUGAUGUUCUACCACAACGUGGCGUCUGAUAACAGUGGGGGUGGGGUGGGGUUUGUUAUGUCUAUUGAGUAUUUAAGUACUUUUUGCAACAUAAAUAACUUGUUCAUCUCUCGCCAUUCCAUCAGGCAAUUUAUUGUUCCAACUGGCUAUGAGAAGCUUCACUGUGUGUUUUGGUGUGUCUGUCACUCAGCAAUACAAUCUAGUAAGGAAACCUGUAGGCAUUUAGGCAUAUAUAGAAUAAUGGGAUUUCAUUCAGAAUGAGCCAUUCAGCUUUUAUCCACUAUCAUUGUCUAUUUAAUAUUUUAUUAUUAGUGCCUCUAUGUUUUAACUUUUAAUUUAUGAUUACGCUAAAAUGUUUAAAGUUUUAAUCAUGAGAAAAAGAAUUCCCUGCUUCUUACUGUCCAGAGCUGCUUUAUAACCCCAAACCAUACUUUUUCUUCCUGUGAUUUUUAUUUUUUUUCCUACUAAGAGAAAAUACUAACAAAAUCCUGUUAUGGUUCAUGAUAUGAAAACGGCAAUCUUGCAGAAUUGACUAAAUGCUAUAUGAGGAUGCGUAGAAGACUGCUAAUUAUGGACUGAAACAACUUGCAGAUGGUUGGGGAAGUCAGUAGCCAGUUUCUCAAAAACGAACUGGUGACUUUUCGCAGGAUUGCAGUCCCAGGACAAACUGUCAGGUGUCAUCUGGGGCCUUCAUACACAGAAGUAAUAGGAAUGAUAAAUUCACUCGUAUGCUGCUUUAGUUUGUUCUAUUGUUUUGAAGGGGUGUAUCCUUAUGUUGAAGUGCUGUUGGUCAGUGCCAAGUCACCAGGGACCAAUUCUUCAUUUAAUAAGAUGGGUGUCCAAAAGAGAACUUUAUACCAAGACUGCUACAGCUCCAGGGGAAGGGUAUGUUUGAAUUGCGUAUGUAUUUUAGGCUGCUUAUUAAAAAAAAAAGAAAAAAAGAAAAAGAAAAAAAAAGGGCUGUGCUAUCAUAUUUUUCACUUCUGGAUAACAUUUCUUUUCUUGUGUUUAAAUUUAUCUUGUUCCAUUUUAGGUCAAUGUUUAAAUGUACAACACUUUGAACAUGUGAUUUGGUUACAAAAAGUAUUUGUCUUAUGAAUGAAAAGAUUGCUCAGUGGUUGAUUAGUGCUUGAACUGCUGCUUGCAAACAGCUGUUAGGAGGGAUAAAGAGAGAGGUUUGAUAACCCAAUAAAGAACUUAAGGACAGCUUGCAGGAUUUCAUGGCAGAAAGACAUGAGAACAGUGUGAGCCACAUCUGUAUUUUAUCAGUCCUGAACAUUUACUUUUGUGAUUAACCAGUUGAUAUUGAUAAUUGGAGCUUAUUCUGCAUUUUUAAUCCCUUUAUUUACUCCCCUGCAUGUUCACACUGGUGUGCCUGUUAGGCUGUGAGCAGAUGGAGUGCUUGCCUGCAGAGCUGAGAGAGUGGUGUUCAAGUCUAAUCCAUUCUUGUUGAGAAAGUGAGGAGAUACUGAGACUUUUGGUCUAUAAAUUCUAAUCUCCUGACAUAAUUAUAAAGGAGAACCUGCUAUCAUAUCCACAAAGCAGCAGUUAAGUAUGAAAGAUAUUACUAGAUGGAAAAUGAAAAGCUAGAGCUGCAUUGCUCGGAUGGGUUUUCUGCGUGUUGUCUUCUCUGCUGCUUGAGCUCCCUCUUAAGAGUUGUUCUCUGACCCUCCACGUUAAACGUGGGCUGCGCUCUCCAGCUGCGUGUGCCUCUGAAGCACCAACGAUCCGCUCUCUGCACAGUGUCUGCGGUACGUGACGGUUUGUGGAACAAUGAUUUCUUGGCACAGAUUAAAAUCUGUGGAGACCUUUCUGCUAACCACCAGUUGUGACUUCUCAUCUGCUUGUGCGUUGUUAAGAAUAAUAAAAAAUGCUCGUGUGAAGUAGUGAAGUAUUCAGUGAAGUAGUCACUGCACCAAGUCUGCCCGAAUUUAAGAAGCGUUUGGACUGUGCACUUGGUCACAUGGUCUAAAAUUUUGGGUAGACCUGUGUGGUGCCAGGAGUUGGACUCGAUGAUCCUUAUGGGUCCCUUCCAACUCGGGAUAUUCUAUGAUUUUAUGAUUCUAUGAAUAAUGUAAUACACAAAAUUCUUAGCUAAACAUCUCCUCUGGCAGGAAGUUACUGGUGCUUUGUUGCUUAAUUAGCAAGUCCACGUUUUGUUAUUAAUUGCCUCUUCACUCCAUAUUCUUUCAGCACUUACUCAAGCCAAAUGCUUUGCUAUUUAACAUAAAAAUAGUUGAAGGAACAAUUUCAGCCUUACAGUUUCAAAGUAGAUGUUUAAUCAUCGACCAUUCUAAUUAUCUUUUAAUUAUUGGCAGGGUGAUUACUUUCAAUUUAGUUUUAUGAUAGAAUAAAACAUCAACAGUUAAACAUUUGUAAAUUCGGCUUUUUUUUAAAACUGGAAAUACUAAGGACCUGGGCAGCUGUAUUAGUGGGCAUUCCCCUCAUUCAGGUAAGGGGAUCAAGACUGAAAAUCUUGUGAGUUUUGAUUUAGGAUCUAGUUUUUGAAAAGAAGACUUGCCUGAACAGAUUUUCCACUCCUAUUAUCUCUGCAGAGUCUUCGGAAAGAAUACCUAACAAGUGAGAAGCUUGCAUUCAUCUUAAAAUGUAAUUUAAAUCAGAAAGGUUUUUGUUGGGCUGGAGCUGCACGUAGCUGCUGCCAAGCGUCUGUGUGCGUGCAGGCAUGCGCAUGCACCUUCACAAGGAGUUGGUAGAGGCUUUUACUGACAAUUUUGGAAUGUCACGCAUCUGUAUGACAAUAGUCGGGUUACUUUUUCAGAGUAGUUACAGGAGAGGAGUAUAAAGGACUGUGGACAUUUCUCUGAGCGUUAGAAACGAGCGAGGAGAAGGAAUUGCUUUGCAUGCUCUGAACUGGAGGUUGGAAGUGAGAAGAGAACUUGAUCGCUGGUGACUGUGAUUGAUGCCAGUUAGGAGCGGCAGCAGUCACCUGAGGGUACACCCAGGUGCAUCCAUCCGUCUGUGCACUUGCAGGCUGAGUGUCGAGCGCAGAGGAUCCCUGUUUGAAAUGUGAUAAACUUGAGCAUGGGGCUGUGAGGAGAGGCUUACACAGGAGAGGCUUUUCCUUUCAUCUGUAUAGGUAUGUAAAUAUGCAAUGCCUGUAUAUUCUAGGAUUGUACAUAUGUAUAUAGAGGAAUCAUAUCUAUUAUAAAUAGUGGUAGACAUAUGCGUAGAAUAUUAUUAAUAUUUACAUUUUUAUAAACCUGAAAUAAUGUUAAUUUUCCUUCGUAUGAGUUCAUCUACCGAGGUUUUUGUAGUAGCUCAUUAACAGUUGUAUAAAUGCCUUCAAGUACUGGAUGUGAGUUGCUUCAGAAACUUGCCCUGCUUUUGAACUUCACUAAUGUCCGUGGGGUUAAAGUGACUGUUCAAAACAGCUGUACACUUUUGUAUUUUUAUAUAUUUUUAUUAAUAGUUGCGAACAUGAUGUAACCAAGCAGUAGAACUGACAGCUUUGGUUAGGGGUCUGCCCACUGGCUGGGCUCAGCAGCAGCACUCGCUUUCUGCAUCCAUGUGCUCCUCUGCCAGCUUUCCCCAAGUGACUUGGCAGACGUCGGUGUGGAGGGCAGUUCCCUUUCUGAGUCUCCUAGCAGCCCGUACAGACGCAGAGUAGUGGUGUUUGUGGUGCUCAGUAGGAGCUGAACUGACACGAGCAGUUCUUUCCCAGUGGGGGGUUAUUAAUCAUUCUUGCGUAGCAAAGGAUGCCGGCUGCUGCUCAGCUGGGUUGCAUUUGAAUCAGGAUGAGGAAGCGUAAUCUGUAGGUCAUUCCUCUUCUGUUCUGAUUCUUGCGUGUAAGGGGAAGCAUCUUUCAUUUUGGUUUUGCUUUGUAUUGAAGUAGCUGAUGGCUAAAGCACUCUCUCCUUGAAACCGUGUGAAAGCUCCCUCCCUGGUUUCUAGCCGUGAGGAACGCUGCCCCAACUUGUUCCGAGUUCUUAUAGAUUGUGUGAGCGAUGAAACUCUAAGGAAAUCCGGAAUGUAAAAUCAAGAGCAUGCAUUAGUCCACCAUGAUUCUUGCCAAACCAGAUGUAUUCCACAGCAAUUUGGCGUUAGGUUGAUCGAUAGACACCGUUGUCUCGUUACAGGCGUUUUCAAAGCAUCUCUGCCAAACCGAAAGCAAAUGUAUUCUUUUUUAGCCUGAUCUCCACCGCUUCUGGAGAUGAUCUUCUCUAGUUCUUGCUAUUACAGUUUAUGAAAUUGCUUCUUACGCUCAGGUGUACUGGGACGAGGGUGAGGAAUGUGAGGAUUUCCUUGCUUGCCAUGGGAUUCUCACCGAAAUUCUCCUUGCAAGUGCUCAGUUCAGACUCCAAAAUUCCCACACCCAUCCACAGCCCGCUGUAAAAUACUCUAAUUACGUGCAAUUUUUUUGUAUUCAGAUUAGCAAAGGGUCCUAUGUUCAGAUAAUGUAAAUUGUUUAAACUUCUUUUUAGUCCAUGGAGCUGCCCCUUGGUAAGUUGGGUGAAGGCCUGGCCUGAGCAUCCCCUGCCCAGACAGGUCCCCGUGCACGAGCGCGCGGCGGCUCUGCAGGCUGGGAGAGCACAGCUCUCCCUGUUCAAAAGAGAGUGGCACUUCUAGGGAUGGGAGAACUGGGAACCAGUUCCAGUGUCCUGCUUAAGAGAUCACAGUGUUCCCGAAGCUUUUUAAUUCCAAAUGCUAUUUGAAAUGAGGCCAUUUCAAAUUUUUACAUACAUGCUUGUUGCUAAUGAGUAAGCUCCAAAAAAGUUGAGAGCUUACUACCUCUUGAUGCCUGCAUCUUUCUUGAGUGGCUUACCUGCCUUUCUGCCAUGUUUUUCUGGAGUGCACUGAUCAACUGCUGAGCUGCCUUUUCCAUUGUCCUGCAAUGUGAAAGUAGCACCAGAUAUUCCUUCGUGCAUUUCUGUGUAUAUGGCUUUCGUAGAUGGGAUUUCAAAGCACUGAUACCCAGUGUUUUCAGUUUGUUCUAUGAGGGGAUAUUUCAUUUGCAUCUAUGUUUUUAGCUAUCCUGUGAUAACUUGUUAAAUAUUAAAAAAAAUAUUUUGCUUCUAUUGGGACAUUUGUAUACUCGCAACUAUAUUUCUGUAAACAGCUGCAGUCAAGAAUAAAACAAUGAAAGUUUUCAUUUUGCAGUGUAAA